CCCUGAGGGGCCCUCGCCGCCUCCCCCGAGGCUGAAGGAGAGGAAGAUGAGGCGGCGGCCGGCGGGCUGGGGGAGCGCCCUGCUCCUCGCCCUGGGGGUCUCCAUUGCCUCGGCGGCUCGCCUCCUCCCCGGCGCGGCCGGCCAGCACCCGCCGCCGGGCUACGCCGCCUACGAGAUCGUGAGGCCGCAGAAACUGAGCCCCCGGGCGGGGAGAGCCGCGGCGGGCGAAGCGUCCUACGCCAUCACGGCGGCGGAGGAGAACUACGUGGUCCACCUCAGGCAGAAGAAAGGGCUGCUGGUCAGAAACCUGCCCGUCUUCACUUACAGCCCCAGUGGGGAAAGGAUGGUGGAGCAGCCCCACGUGCCGCAGUGCUACUACCUCGGCUACGUCGAAGGCCGCCCGGGCUCCCUGGUGACGCUGAGCGCCUGCUCGGGUCUCAGGGGGCAGCUGGAGAUCGGGAACAGGAGCUACACCAUCGAACCGGUGCCGGGAUCCCGCACUUUCCAGCACCUCCUCUAUCGAAGGGAGAAGACCGAGGACAAGGCUCUGACUUGCGGAUUGACCGAAAUGAUCCGAAAUCAACAAGGUAAGGUCGGAGCUAAAACACCCUUGGGCGCACAGGACUAUUUGCAGAGGCUGAAACACACCAGGUACGUGGAGAUAUUUGUCGUGGUGGACCACUACCUGUUCUCCUUUCACGGGAGGAACGAAAGCGCCGCCAUGCACCUGGUUACAGACAUUAUCAAUUUGUCAGAAACAUACUACUAUUCUCUGAAGGUUCGCAUCUGUCUGAUCGGGAUGGAGAUCUGGACACACAGCAACUUCAUCAGAUACAGCCAGGAUAUAGAGUACGUCCUUAACAAUUUUAAUGACUGGGCAAAUCAGGAUCUUGCUCAGAGGAUGAAGUAUGACCUCACACAUUUAUUUACCUACAGGGACUUUGGACUGGUUGUUGGGCUGGCAUAUGUAGGUACCAUCUGCUACGCUGGUUAUAACACAGGUGUUGUAUCGCAUAUACGGAGAGAUUUCGUAAUCUUUUCGAUUGUUUUUGCUCACGAGCUGGGUCACAAUCUCGGGAUGGAGCAUGAUACAAAAGACUGUACGUGCGGGAAGGCCACUAAAUGCUACAUGACCGGAGAAUCACUGGAAGACACCAAGGCUUUCAGCAACUGCAGCGUUAAGAGUUAUUUAGACCUGCUCGACAGAGGGGAUGGUGACUGCUUACGCAACGUCCCGGAGCCUCACAGACUUUUCUAUUUUAAGCAUUGCGGCAACAAGGUGAUAGACGAGGGAGAGCAGUGUGACUGCGGGAGGCCGCUGGAUUGCCGAGGCAAUCCUUGCUGUAACCAAGACUGCAGGCUGAAGCCGGGAGCUGUCUGCUCUGUCGGGCAAUGCUGCCAGAAGUGCCACUUCCGUGCUGCGGGGCACAAAUGCAGGUCAGAGGCAGACGAGUGUGACUUGCCUGAAUAUUGCAACGGGACUUCCGAGUGGUGCCCGGAGGAUUUCUACGUUCACGACGGGAUGCCAUGCAGCGACGACGGCUACUGUUACCAGGGAAAAUGUGCAACUUACGACAGCCAGUGCAGAAAACUCUUUGGGAAGGAAGCUCGGGGUGCUCCAGAAAGUUGCUACAAAAAGCUGAAUGUGAAAGGGGAUCGAUUUGGCAACUGUGGGGGCGAUGGGUCUGAAGUCGCUUUUGUGGGAUGUAAACCCCAAAAUGCUCUGUGCGGUAGGCUGCAGUGUGUAAACGUAAAGAGAAUACCCCUUCUGCGGGGGCCUGAAACCAUCAUUCAGACGCCAGGGCCCCAGGACUGGUGCUGGGGCACAGGCUACUAUGCCGGGGUAGAUAUACCCGAUAUCGGAGGAGGGCUCGAUGGCACCAAAUGUGGGCCACAAAAGAUCUGUAUUAACAAGACAUGCACAGAUGCUGUAGUCAGAACAAAAUGUGAUGCAAAGGUUUUGUGCCAGGGAAAAGGGGUUUGCAACAACCUUGGACACUGCCACUGUGAAGCUGGCUGGGCCCCUCCGGACUGCCGGUUCCACGGCCUGGGAGGCAGCAAGGACAGUGGCCCUCCACCGCCUCUCGUGGUCUCCGUGGCAGAUGUUGUCCAAAAUAAAGUUUUUGGGACUGCAAUAGGGAUCUGCAUUCCUGUUGCCCUCACUCUAAUUGCUCUCCUCAUUGUUGUAACCAAAUACAGAGCGGCGAUAGUUGCAUUUUUCCGUACAAGACUAGCCUAAAAGGGAACUGAGAUUUUUGCAGAUGAGGAGCAGAGUAUGCAAAAAGAAAACAACGUUUAAGAAAAAUGAAAGCAGUGGAAAAUCCAUCAGCUGCAGGCCCCUGCGGGCAUGUCCCUGAAGCUGGACUGCUAGUCCCAGGAGAUGUGUAUAAAGUGAUUUACACAAAGUAACUGUGUAAAUUGUACAAAAGUUAAUUACACAAAACUUGAGUAUUUCCUCUUCUUGUAUUACCUGCUAUGUAAAUAAAUUUGGCUUGGACCUAAAAAGUGAAACUAUUAGAAAAUAAAGUGUAAAAGUUAUAAAGUUGUUUUCAUUUCAAUGCAGCUAAAGAUGUGUUUUAUUUUUUAAAGAACUGUGAGGCCUUAGUAAAUAAUUCACUUGAGCAUCUAGAAGAGCAUGGGCAGA